CCCAGUCAUAGCAUCGUGCUGUGGGGGAGACACGGAUCUGAAACCCUCGGAGCGAGGUUCUGCCUACCUGAGGCUGCCACUGCCACUCCCGAGUGGAGACACUGAGUGAAGCCACUGUCACCAUGGAUGGCCAGGAGGCAAAACCCUCCAAUGAAGACGUGGGCGGUAAGAAGGCAGGAGAAUACAUCAAACUCAAAGUCGUCGGACAGGAUAGCAGUGAGGUAUACUUCCGAGUGAGAAUGACAACCCAUCUGAAGAAACUCAAAGAAUCCUACUGUCAAAGACAGGGAGUUCCAGUGAAUUCCCUUCAAUUUCUGUUUGAUGGUCAGAGAAUUGCUGAUAAUGACACCGCUGAAGAACUAGGAAUGGAGGAAGAUGAUGUGAUUGAAGUUUAUCAGGAACAAACCGGCGGUUGUUCAGUGAUUUAGGUAUUCUUUUCAUCUUUUUUUUCCCUUUAUCCUCAAUCCUUUAAUUUUAAAAAUAGCUAUUUUGUAAUGUGUUCAAAACGGAAUUGAAAACUGGCACCACAUCUCUUUAAAGUAUCUGAUAAUUUGAAUUCUAGUGCCCAUUAUUCAUUAUUGUUUUCAUUGUGCUAAUUUUUGUUGAUCAAACCUCAGCCUCCUUCAUAUAUCACCCUCUUCUUUAAAAAAAUUACAUGUGUGCACAGAGAGGCCAGGACUGUGCAUUUUCAGGCUUGUGAUAAAUAAGAUUGACCAAUUCCAGUGUUCAAAAUGACUUUUCAAUGGGCCCUGAAGUUCUAGCAUGUGACUGCUUCACUCCUGGACUAUGACUUUCAGUGAGAGAUGGAAGUUUUUCAAAGAACUGAACUGUGGAAAAUGAUCUUUCCUUAACUUGAAGCUACUUUUAGAAUUUGAGUAUCUGGAUCAAAAGAAGAGAACCAUCGGGCUAGAGCUGAGAUAACAGCGAGGGUGAGAGUAAUGAUUAACUCCAAAGAUGGCUUCGCUAAGGAGAAAGCAUUUUAAGAUAAAAGAAAAAUCUCAUCAGAAGAUCCCAGGAAAGUCCUAAUUUCUAUUAGCAGUUAAUAAAGUUAUUCAUGCAGAAGUGUA